GGUUUCUCAUUUAUUAUAUUUUGGCAUUGACAAAUCUGUGAAACUACCAACUAACCAGUAACAAAAAUCGUUAAUUUCAAUAUACAAGGAAAAAGAAGAGGACCCCCCCCCCCCCACGCCCGCGACCACCUCAAAAUCUUCUUGGUGAUGCAAUAAAUAAAGACAGCAGAAAACCCCGCGCUUAUCCCUCAGAAGAGAAUGAUGAAGAAUCGAAACAGAGGCAAAGUCUCACCUAAAUGGAUUGCUAUCUUUUGCAUUUUUAGCUUUGCUCUUGGCAUGUUUUUCUCUAACAGAGUUUGGAGUCCUCCAGAAUCAGAUGGAAGGAUCAUGUUUGGAAGGCGCCAUACUCAAGAAAGAGGCUUGCCUUCUGUUUCUGAUGACUGUGAAACCAAAAAUAGCCAGCAGAAGGAGGACAUGAUGGGAGAGUUUAACAAAGCCCAAGUAGCUAUCCAGUCGUUGGAUAAUUCAAUUGCUAAGAUUCAAAGUGAGCUGCCUUCUCCUCUAAUUCCUCGGAAAACUGAAGCGGUUCCUUCCACGAGCACAGAUUCUGAAACAAGUGUGACGAGAAAGAAGGCAUUCAUGGUUAUUGGGAUCAACACUGCCUUCAGUAGUAGAAAGAGGCGUGAUUCUAUUAGAGAGACCUGGAUGCCUCAAGGUGAAAAGCUACUUAGAUUAGAGCAAGAAAAGGGGAUCGUUGUGCGCUUCAUGAUAGGCCAUAGUGCAACAUCGAAUAGCAUUUUAGAUCGAGCCAUUGAUAGUGAAGAUGCUCAGCAUAAGGACAUUCUUCGACUUGAUCACAUAGAAGGCUAUCAUGAGUUAUCUGCAAAGACGAAAGCUUUUUUCUCUGCUGGAGUUGCGAAAUGGGAUGCUGAGUUCUAUGUGAAGAUUGAUGAUGAUGUUCAUGUCAAUUUAGGUACACUAGCUGCAACUCUUGCCAGGCACAGGUUAAAACCCAGGGUGUACAUAGGAUGCAUGAAAUCUGGACCAGUUCUUUAUCAAAAGAGUGUGAAGUACCAUGAACCUGAGUUUUGGAAAUUUGGAGAGACGGGGAAUAAGUACUUCCGACAUGCAAGUGGACAGAUAUAUGCCAUCUCGAAAGAAUUGGCAACAUACAUUGCCAACAACAAACCUAUUCUGCAUAAGUAUGCAAAUGAAGAUGUGUCACUCGGGGCAUGGUUGAUUGGUCUAGAAGUUGAGCACAUUGAUGAUCGUAACCUAUGCUGUGGAACUCCGCCUGAAUGCGAAUGGAAAGCACAAGCAGGUAAUGUUUGUGUGGCAUCAUUUGAUUGGAGCUGCAGUGGAAUUUGCAAAUCAGUACAAAGAAUCAAACAUGUACACGCUAAAUGCAGCGAAAGUCCUGCUACUCUAUGGGGUGCUCUCAUUUAGUCAUCUUUCUCAUUAUCAGAAGCUACUCUUCAAACAUGGUAUCUAUCCUGUCAAGAGGGGUAACUUGCGGAUCAUUUGCAAGGAGGAGACCCGAUGCUACGAGAGAAAAUUGCAGAGCUUGCCGGAGAACUUAGAACUGCUGUUUAUACAUAUUGCUUGCUAGAGGCUGUGACAAAAGGAAGUAUUAAUAGUAGGAAGGAGUGUAGUCUUCAUUAACCAUAAUUCUAUCCAAGAUUAGAGCCGACUGGAUGUUAGAGCUAUUAGAUUUGUAAUUCCACUGUAUGUUGUGGUAAAUCUUUUUUGUUGAGCUCUUGGUACAUUUUUGUUGAGCUCUUGGUACAUUCCAAAGAAAAUUUUCCUCAUUUCCACAA